CAGUUCACGUCGGAACUCACGCGCCGUCACAACAUUCUUCCCGAGUGACAAAGUGAAACCGGAACUGUUCGAUGAUGGAUCGAUCACCGGCAGAUGUCCAGUCCGACCUGAAGAAGGGAAUGUCCAUCUUCAUAGAUAUUGUACGGCGAGCAGAUAAAAACGAUGAUGGCAAGCUGACUCUGGAAGAGUUCAAGUCUUAUUUCUCUGACGGAGUCCUGACGCCGGACGAGCUCAAGCAGCUUUUCCACGCCAUCGACACGCACGACACAGACAACGUGGACACUGAUGAGCUGUGUGAGUAUUUCUCGCGGCACCUCGGGGAGUACAAGAACGUUCUGGCCGCCUUGGAGGAACUCAACGUGUCCAUCCUGAGAGCCAUGGACAAGACCAAGAAGGAGUACCAGGAGUCCACCCACCUGGAGCAGUUUGUCACCCGCUUCCUGUUGAAGGAGACCACCAAUCAGCUCCACUCCCUCCAGAGCUCGCUGGAGUGCGCCAUGGAAACCACCGCCGAGCAGACUCGCCAGGAGAAACUGGGUCCUACCAAACCAGAAGUGGUGUCCAUCCAGUGGUCAGGACGUCGCUCCAAGCGCAGACCUGACAGGAACUACAGUUUGUCCCCCAACACAACCCUCAUGGCUGUCCUCCAUCCAGGGGCUGUGGACCAGGACCACCACUGGACCACUCAAGUCACCAGACUGCAAAAACUCAUCGACCGCCUGGAACAAAAGGAGAUCCGUCUGGAGCCUGUAGAAGAAGAAGUGGUGGAGAGCAAGAUGCACAUGGUGAUGGUGCAGAGGCAGAUGUGUGUGAUGGAGGACCAGGUGGAGGACUUCCGUGUGUCCCUCAAACUUUACGUGGACACUUCCUGCACUCAGACUGGAUGUCUACAGACUCGUGCGACUCCCAGCAUGGCGGUGCAGCGGCUGGCCAAUGAGGCUCGUUUCAUCCUUUAUGAGUUCUGGGAGCACAACAACAUGUGGAAGAAGCACGUACAGAACAACUACAGUAAAAGUUUCCAAAGAGCCAACGUGGACUUCCUGGAAACUCCCGAGAUUAUUACUACUAUGCUACUUCCUGCGUCUUGGUGGGUCCUCAACAACAACUGACCUUGGACAUGACCUUGAGUGUGAAUAUGACCCAUCAUAUUUCAUGUUGUCAUGGUGAUGACAUCGUUGUUUAGGCUGCAAGGAUAAACAUCAAAAGUAUUUAUGAAUAUGACGUCAUGCAUCACACAAGUGUGACUGAAAAGUGAAAUAGUUGACAUUUUUAUGUUGUUUAAUGGAGAAUAAAGAUGAUUAUUUUGUUUAUUUUAUUUUGUUAAAUGUAGAAUAAAGAUGAUUAUUUAAUUUAUUUGAUGUUGUUAAAUGUAGAAUAAAGAUGAUUAUUUAAUUUAUUUGAUGUUGUUAAAUGUAGAAUAAAGAUAAUUAUUCAAUUCAUUAACAUUCUCUAAUUUAUUAUGUUGUUAAAUGUAGAAUAAGGAUGAAUAUUAUUUAAUUUAUUUGAUGUUGUUUAAUGGAGAAUAAAGAUUGUUGUUGUUUUUUAUGUUGUUGAAUGUAGAAUAAAGAUGGAUAAUAUUUAAUUUAUUUUUAUGUUGUUAAUUGUAAAAUAAAGAUUAUUAUUAUUUAGUACAUUUCAUGUUGUUAAAUGCAAAAUAAAGAUGAAUAUUAUUUAAUGUAUUUUAUGUUGUUAAAUGUAAAAUAAAGAUGAAUAUUAUUAAAUGUAUUUGUAUAUUGUUAAAUGUAGAAUAAAGAAGAUUAUUUAAUUCAUUUUAUGUUGUUCAAUGUAGGAUAAAGAUGAAUUUUAUUUUAUUUAGUUUUAUGCUGUUAAUAGGAGAAUAAUAUUUAUUAUUAUUAAAUUCAUUAAUAUUAUUUAGUUUAAGUUAUGUUGUUAAAUGUAGAAUAAAGAUGAAA